UCACUUUUUGGUCCUCGGUCCAGAGACAGAGCCAGGGAGUGUCCCCGUGCACGAGAGAGGAGCACAUAGUCCAUUCCAACCGUGCAUGAUCCUUUCCUCAUUGCUUGCUCUGUUUCUGUGAAUUGACUUUGGAAGCGGGGCGAGGAUCGUGGUUGAAUUUCCUCUCCUCCGAGCCUCUGUUCUGUUCAGUUCUGUUCUGCAUUUCGAGGAGCUGAUCCGUCGUUUGCGUUCUUGGGGCACCUGAGGUGCCCUCCAGAUGCGGAAUGUGAAUGACCGACGGGCGAAUUUUUCCACAAUUUGAAGAUAGGCCGCGAGCGAGCUCGUCCCCUUCGCUCGUUCGAAGAGUGGCUCUGAAGUCCGAUUGCUGCAUAGGAGGCUUGACAUUGGGUUGAUUUUUCUUCGUCGGUUCUUCGUCUUCUGAUUUGUGCGGGUGGACUCCUCGCGAGUGGAGUGGAGCUGAGUAGCUCCGUGGCACCGAGUGUUUGAAGGGAGCAGCUGCUCGUAAACAGUCAUGGUUCUGCUGCGGUCGCUUCUGGCCGCCGGGGCAGCCACGGCCUCGCCUGCUAUAUCCACACGGCAAAUCUUCGUUGCUCAAUGGCGCUCCUCUGCAAGGCGGGAAUACUUUGCCAAUUCGUGGAUCUUGGCUGCCAGAGAGCGGAAUAUUGUUGCGCAGCGUUUCACUGAGGCGUAUAAAAAGCGUGGGCAGCAGGUUGCAGAGACGCUAAAAUGUUCUCUUCGCAGGAAUUUCGACAUCUGCAGAAAGGGCCGUCGGGGGGAGAAGGUUUCUCAUCGUGUGCAAUGUCAGAGCACCUUCGCUUCCAGCAAGGAAUUAUCCAUCAGCUUUCCUGUUUCAGUGGAUGAGGCUACUACUGUUGAUUCCAAUCUCGAGGCUUUACUGAAGCAGCUGGAGAUAGAUGGUCCUUCGGCAGUUAAAUUGGCGGUUGAAGAGUUGGAGCUAGAAAAGGAAACUGAGACAGUCGAGCUUUCACUACUUCUGUGCGACGAUGGAUACAUGCAAAAGCUCAACAAGGAGUGGUUGGGCAAAGAUAGUCCCACAGAUGUUUUAUCCUUCCCUCAAGACCAGGCCCCGGGGAUGACACCAAUUCUAUUGCUCGGGGAUGUGAUUAUAUCAUUGGAAACUGCAGCAAAACAAGCUGAAGAAAGAGGUCAUUCUCUGCUUGAUGAGUUGCGCAUCCUCUUGGUUCAUGGCCUGCUACAUGUUAUUGGAUUUGACCAUGAACUUGGCCCAGAUGACUCUCAAGAGAUGGAGGACAAGGAAACUCAAAUUUUGAGCAAGCUUGGCUGGAAGGGGAAAGGGCUUAUCAGUGCCGUGUCAAAUAGCGUCAUGGAAGAAUCAAACGGGUCAACAACGUCUGGGGGAAGAAGCCUUGAUGGGAAGAUAAGAAGACCUCCUAAAGCCGGGUUCAAGAUAUUAUUUUGCGAUAUGGAUGGUACUCUCUUGAACAGCAAAAGCAGAAUAAGUGAUGCGACCAGAGACGCACUGAAUGCAGUUUUGGCGAAGGGCGUGCAGGUCAUCAUAGCUACAGGCAAGACACGGCAUGGUGCUAUGGCUGCACUUGACCCAGUUGGUCUCGUCGGGGAAAAUGGGGUCAUUUCCUUGAAACAUCCUGGGGUCUUCACGCAGGGCCUACAAGUCUAUGGUCGAGGUGGAUCGGUCAUUCACAGCGCUGUGCUGGACCCGGAGGUGGUCCAAGAGGCCUUAACAUACUCAUUGGAGAAGAGCAUUCCUUCGGUGGGAUUCAGUGACAACCGUAUUGUCACUCUGUUCCGACACAGCUUGACAGAUGUCUUACAUACGGUGUAUUUAGAGCCGAAGGCAGAAGUUAUUCCUUCUUUAAGAGACUUAAUGGAAAGCUGCCCUAUCCAGAAACUCCUUUUUUACAGUACUCCGGAAGAUAUCAAGUAUAAAAUAAGACCUUACUGGGCCGAAAACGUGAGAGGUAGAGCGACGCUAGUUCAAGCUUUAGAUGACAUGCUCGAGAUUCUACCACCUGGGCAGUCCAAAGGUGCAGGUGUCAAAUUGCUGCUGGACAAUCUGGGUGUCCAUCCAGAAGAGAUCAUGGCGAUAGGAGAUGGGGAGAACGAUAUUGAAAUGCUAGAACUGGCUGGAUGGGGAGUAGCUAUGGCGAAUGGCUCCAAACGUACGAAGGAAGUAGCCGAUGCGCAAACCUCAAGCAACGAUGAAGACGGCGCAGCUGAAGCUUUUCAUCGAUACAUCUUGUCAUAGUGCUUUCUAGCUGAUUGAUGCACUCCCACUGAUUUCAUAAUUAAAGUGGGUGCGUUUGUAACAUACUUAGGAACCCUUUUAACAGUGGAAUAAGAUCAGGUUUUCACGAGUCUAGUUUGCAUUGCGACCGACGGAUUGAGCCCCAUGGUGUGCUUUAAGGAUGCAAAGUCCUGUUCACUGUCAAACAUGAAGGCUCUAUGACAUUUGCAGAGGAAUUGCCUGUACGCUGGUUCGGGUUGUGAAAGGGUUGUGGAAGGGUCCAUGGUGCAAAAAGAUGCGGCGGGUAUUGGUCAACGACUUAAGAGUGCGUGUGGUGAAACCCAGUAGGUGCAGCUUCUCUACCUCGGCCACCUGACGCAUGGGAACGACAAUAGACAGCAUGUUCUCGGGCUGAGUUUGCACCUGGUGAUUUGGGUAGCCUCAGGUUCUCCAGGAAAGCAACUGAAUUUUGAAUUGCUGAAGAGGCUGGUGAAUAAACUGACAGCAACCUACGUUUUCGAUAUCUCAGUUUUGACAUCGCUCGCAGCUUGCAACAUCAUCU